UUUCUGUUGUCGAUGGCGUAGAGUUGAUGUAAAGGGUUAGAGAAAGUUAAAAGUUGCUAAUGCUAUUAGCAUACACGGAAAUGCGUUUGUAACACGCUAACGUGACUGUUGCUGUUGACACGUCUUGCUGCUAGCAGGAGGCAUGGAACAUCCAGCUUGUAUAUCCGAGGAAUUGAAGCAGUUUGUCGUAAACGAUGCCCCACCAACAGUGUAUUAUAUCCCAGAUUUCAUAUCGGAAGAUGAGGAGUCCUACCUUCAACAGCAGGUGUAUAAAUCUCCAAAAACUAAAUGGACUCAGCUGUCAGGCAGAAGGCUUCAGAACUGGGGAGGGCUGCCACAUCCCAAAGGCAUGUUGGCAGAAAAGAUUCCUGACUGGCUCCAGUCGUACUGUGAGAAAAUUUCCUCUCUGGGUGCAUUUGGUGGGAAAACAGCCAAUCAUGUAUUGGUGAAUGAGUAUAAGCCAGGUGAAGGGAUUAUGCCUCAUGAAGACGGCCCUCUCUACCACCCUACGGUCACCACCAUCAGCCUGGGCUCUCACACCCUCCUUGACUUCUACACACCCAUCAGCAGCCUGGAGAACAACGCCCCGCAAACGGAGGAGAACCGCUUCCUCUUCUCCCUGCUGGUGAAGCCCCGCAGCCUUCUCAUCCUGCAGGACGAAAUGUACCAGCGGCUCCUUCAUGGCAUCCGCCCCUGCACCCAGGAUACCCUGACGGAGAAGGUGUUGAACCUGUCUGCUGCCGGGGCCUUGGCAGGAGAGACACUGACCAGAGACACCAGAGUGUCCCUGACCAUACGGCAUGUGCCCAAAGUUAUGAAGGCAAAGCUUGUACUGGGGAGGAAAUGAAGAAAGGACUGCAUGUUGACCUGAUAGCUUGUUAUGGUACUAUAUGCUAUGCUUGCUAAGGACUCCAUCAACCAUAAAAUCAAUGGCAGUGUCUUCCAGGCUGCUUUAUGAAUUCUGAUUCAUUUGUGUUUAUAAUGGAUCACUUCAGGCUUUGUUGAAGAUCUGUGCUGCAGUUCUGGAGCUGUUGUAGCUCUUCUGGACAAUAAAAAGAGUUGCAACUAGAAUUUGUUCAAUUUAUGGAUUCAUCUCUUAAUUAUCUUAAGCUAUUAUGGGAUCUUUGUAGCAAAUAUGUCUGGAAGAGUCUUUAAAUCUCUUAAAAAUCUUUGGUCAACAGCCACGAAAUAUUCAAGUACUCGAUAAAAAAAGUAAAACGUAAAACAUGAAGCUGAAAAUGUUUGGUAUUUUUGUUUGAUUAACAAGUGUAAUCAUUUUUCUGUUGAGAUCUGAGAUCAGUAUGUGUUGAUUCAUCAACCUCUUGGUUCAGCAGUGCACAUAAAAUAUAUAUAAAACCAUCA